UUGCUUUUGAUUAAGGCAGUUUGUGUCCACGUUGCACUUUGGGUGCAAACCAUCAAAAGACUCCUGCACAGAGAUACAGAAAACUAUAUUCUAUGGAGUGGGUGUUUAAACAGUUUUGGAAAGAACAGAGUUAACAUAUAAGUCACCUCUGGUCAAGCAGGGAUCCCUGUUAGCCUUGGCAAACAAAGGGUUAUUGAAGGACUGGGCCAAAAGUAUUGCUGUGCUGUCUCUUGGGCAUUAGCAUUUCUUGGGAGAGUCACACCAGGUGUGGAUUAAAACAAGGUGUGGGAAAACCACAUUCUUUUGCCUUCCCUGUGGGAUGAGACGUGGGUGAUGUCUGAGAGAGUUUCAGAAGAACCGGGACUGGACAAAGGGGAUGGAGCUGAAGAAUGUGAAUUGGACGAUCCUGAAUUGAAAGCCAUCAGAAUGCGAGUGCGAGAAAUGGAGGAGGAGGCAGAGCGGCUGAAGGGGUUAUCUGGACAGGAUAAGAGUAUUGGUGUUAGCCCCAGGCCCUGCAUGAAACUGAUUCAUUCGAAGAUGACAGCAGGAGAAUAUACUGAGGGUCCUCCUCGACCUCUGAGUGCAGAGGAGAAGAAAGAAAUUGACAAGCGAUCAGUUUAUGUUGGCAACGUGGAUUACGGAGGUACAGCCCAGGAUCUAGAGGCUCACUUCAGUAGCUGUGGUUCCAUCAACCGCAUCACUAUUUUAUGUGACAAAUUCUCCGGGCAUCCAAAAGGAUAUGCAUAUAUUGAGUUUGCAGAAAGGAACUCUGUAGAUGCUGCAGUGACAAUGGAUGAAACCGUAUUCCGAGGACGGACAAUUAAGGUUCUACCCAAGAGAACAAACAUGCCAGGAAUUAGCACCACGGACAGGGGUGGAUUCCGUGGCAGACCUCGAGGAAACAGAGGCAAUUACCAGAGAGGACAAAGGCCCAGAGGAAGGCCUUUCAGAGGUCGUGGAAGACCAGGCCCUUUGAAUCACCCAUACUGAAUGAGAAGAGCCCUGUAGCACUACCAACUCUCUGUGCACAUCAUAUACCUAACAUGCUUCAUCAUGCCUUAAUCUGCCACCUGGGGAUGCCUUCCGUAUGUCUGGCCAAAGAAAUUUGCUUUAAUAUUGUGAAAAACCCAGAUGGCACUAAGAGGAUGUUUUGGAAAUUUUGUGCUACUAAACUACAGCAUGUCAAUAGCUCUGUUCUAUAAAAGCCUAUUUAAUGUUUACUUAUUGUAUUGCAUUACGUUGGUUACUAAAAUAAACAAUUGUCGUGUUUUCAGGCCUUGU